UUCAGGAAGGUUGCAAAACAGUUGCGUCAGAAACUUGCGCACUUGUACCCAGAAAGGUGAACGACGAACGUUGUUCUUUCGGCUGAUACAGGAUAACAUACAGUGACCAUGUUGGUUGCGAGGCUGACAUGCCUGAGGAGUCUCCCCUUAUCCGUGCUGAGGCAGGGCUCCCCGGCCCUGAGAGCACCCACCCUGAAGGCCUGUCCACCCCUGCUCAGGCCCCAGCAGGGUUUUUCCUCUAAGGCUAGAUUUGGUUUUCGUCGUGGGAGGACGACCAAAGACCAGCUCAAAGAUGCAGCUUUUGAGCCAGCAACAGAUACCGCCAUUAGAAUUGACAGCAUGGGAAGAAUGGUUCUGGCUGGAGGUGCAGCAGUUGGUCUUGGAGCUCUUUGUUACUACGGACUCGGCAUGUCAAACGAAAUUGGUGCCAUUGAGAAAGCAGUGAUCUGGCCUCAGUAUGUGAAGGACAGGAUCCACUCCACCUACAUGUACUUUGCGGGCAGUGUUGGAAUGACUGCUCUGUCAGCUGUAGCUGUGAGCAGGACCCCAGCGCUUAUGGGUCUGAUGAUGAGAGGAUCCUGGCUGGCUAUUGGAGCGACUUUUGCAGCCAUGAUUGGCGCUGGCAUGCUGGUCAGGUCCAUUUCAUAUGAGCACAGCCCAAUGCCUAAACACCUCGCUUGGAUGCUCCAUGCAGGUGUCAUGGGUGCUGUCAUCGCCCCCCUUACUCUCCUGGGAGGGCCUCUGAUGAUGAGGGCCGCCUGGUACACAGCAGGCAUUGUGGGAGGUCUGUCUACUGUGGCCAUGUGUGCCCCGAGCGAGAAGUUCCUCAAUAUGGGUGGGCCAUUGGCCGUGGGCUUUGGAGUGGUCUUCGCUUCCUCUCUUGGAUCAAUGUUCCUGCCACCCACCUCAGCAUUUGGAGCAGGCCUUUACUCAGUGGCCGUCUAUGGAGGCCUGGUCCUGUUCAGCAUGUUCCUUCUCUAUGAUACACAGAAGGUCAUCAAGAGGGCAGAGACAUACCCACUCUAUGGUGUACAGAAAUAUGACCCCAUCAACGCGUGUAUGGGGAUUUACAUGGACACAUUGAACAUCUUCAUGAGGCUUGUGAUGAUUCUGGCCAACGGUGGUGGUGGCAAAAGGAAGUGAACAGCGGCAUUCUGACUUCAGCUUCAGUUUCACCUUUCACAGAACUGAGCAAAAUCUUGUUUUAUUACUAGCAGCAUACACCAGAUGUUAUCUUUUAGUGGCUACUAUUGUCUAACUAGUAAAUAAACAUGAGUGCUUUGCAAGUGAGCGAAGAUGAUUGCACUCUCUGGUGCGUGUCGCUGGUCAAAGUUAAACAGAUGCACAGUUGUACAUUGAUUACACACAGACAAAGCUCUUAUCUUGAUUGUGGAAGUAUCUGGUUUUCCUGAGGGGUUUUCCUGCCUCAGAUGUUCUUUGUAUUGUACUUUAUGUUUUCUAUUUAUUUUCUCUUGAAAGUUCAAGAAUCUGGUAUAUGCAGCAGAAAUACCACAAAUGUCAACCAUAAUCACAACAAAUGUGAUAUGAAUAUGAAUAUAUUAUUCCAGUAUACACUGAUAUUGCACUUCUGCGAUGGAUUAAAGAGGUUGGCAUUAGUUCAUAUA